AUGUGUGACUGUGGACUCUUCAUAGCUCUCCUUUUCCUUUAUACUGGAGCAAGUGUUACCGUUCAAGGAGAUCCAGGGGCAGGAAAAGUUGUCUGGGAAAGCAAAUGGAGUCACAACUAUAUGAAGAAUGGCGAACUUUUCUUGUAUGACACUUUUCCUAGAAACUUUAUGUGGGGCAUUGGAAGUUCUGCGUUUCAGAUCGAAGGAGGUUGGAAGAAGGAUGGCAAAGGACCUUCUGUCUGGGACCACUUUAUCCACACUGAAUACUUCAGAUCCAACAACGCAACUGCAGAUACUUCCAGUAAUAGCUAUGCAUUCUUCGACAAGGACUUGGCUGCUCUCAAAAGCCUGGGAGUCACAUUUUAUCUCUUCUCAAUCUCCUGGCCCAGGCUAUUUCCAAAUGGAAUGGUGGAUUCUGUCAAUUACAAGGGUUUGCAAUACUACAACACAUUUAUCGACUCCCUGUUAGAGAGAAAAAUAAUACCCAUUGUCACCCUCUACCACUGGGACCUGCCUUUGGCAUUGCAAGAGCAGUACGGUGGCUGGACCAGCGAGGCUAUGAUUCAAAUAUUUGAUGAAUAUGCUAAAUUCUGCUUCCAGGCAUAUGGGGAUCGUGUUAAGUUUUGGAUCACAAUUUACAAUCCUUUCCUAAUUGCCUGGCAUGGAUACAAAACAGGGAAAUAUCCCCCUGGAUUGAAGGAGAACACUGCAGCGAUGUAUACUGUUGGGCACAACUUGAUUAAGGCACAUGCAACAGUCUGGCACACUUAUGACAGGCAAUUUCGCAAGUUGCAGAAAGGCUUUGUGUCCAUGGUAUUGGGCUCCCACUGGCUUGAACCAAAGAAUAGCAACUUCAACUAUAAGAGUUUCCAGACGUCCAUGGACCUUGUAUUAGGAUGGUUUGCUAAACCAAUCUUUGUGGACGGUGACUACCCUGACAGCUUGAAAAUGCAAGUCACAUCUUUGCCUACAUUUACUGAAAAAGAAAAGAGCUUCAUUAAUGGAACAGCAGAUUUCUUUGCAUUUUCUUUUGGUCCAAAUAUCUUUCGGUCACUGCCAGACAGUCUCAAACUUAAAAAUCGUGAAUCUCUCCAUCUUGGGCGGGUCCUGAAAUGGAUAAAGUUGGAAUACAACAGUCCUAAGAUCUUAAUUGCUGAGAAUGGAUGGUUUUCUAAUAGCUAUGUUAAAACAGAAGAUACAAUUAUUAUUUAUCUUAUGAAAAAAUUCAUAAAUGAGUUAUUAAAAGCUAUUCGCUUUGAUGGAGUCAAUGUGUUUGGAUAUACUGUUUGGUCCCUAUUAGAUGGCUUUGAAUGGCAGUUUAACUACACUAUUAGAAGAGGAUUGUUCUAUGUGGAUUUCAACAGCAAGAACAAGUCUAGGAUUGCAAAAUCCUCUGCAUUCUUCUAUAAGCAGAUUAUAGAACAAAAUGGCUUUCCAGAGACUGAGGUUAGCCAAAGAGUGAAUGGACAAUUUCCAUGUAACUUCUCCUGGGGAAUUGCAGAAACAGAUCUACAGGUAAACAAUGUGGUUUUAUCUCCUGAAUUUGUUGACAACAACCUUUACCUUUGGAACCGUAGUGGAGAUCAGAAACUAUACAAAGUCAGUGGAGUGACUAUGUGGCCUCAUCCAUUUAAGUGCACUGAUUUCAGGAACUUCAAGCACCAUGUAGCAUUGGUGAGGAAGAUGAAUGUGUCUCACUACAGCUUUGCUUUCAAGUGGGCCAAGAUUCUACCCAGUGGUGAUCCAUCCAGUGUAAAUAGAAGUCUUCUAACUUAUUACCGUUGUAUUAUUACAGAACUUUUAAAACUGAACAUUGCCAGCACUAUCACUUUGUAUCAUCCAGUAUCUGCUGAUAUUGACUUACCUGCACCACUGCUGAAUAAGGGAGGAUGGCUCAACAGAGAGACUGCUGUUGCUUUCAAUGCUUAUGCAAAAGUAUGCUUUCAAGAAUUUGGCAACUUGGUCAAAUUGUGGCUCACUAUGAAUGAACCAAAUAUAAAUGUUCAGAGAAGCCCUGACACCUACAGGGCAGCACAUAACAUGAUCAUCGCUCAUGCUUUAGCCUGGCACACCUACAAUAGAGACUAUAGAAAUAAGCACCAUGGACUUGUGUCUCUGACACUGCGUGCUGACUGGGCAGAACGAGCAAAUCCCUUUGUUGAAUCCCACCACAGAGCUGCUGAGAGGCUCCUGCAAUUCCAAAUAGCAUGGUUUGCAGAUGCCAUUUUCAAAACUGGAGAUUAUCCACAUAAAAUGAGGGAGUACAUCCUCUUUAAAAAUAAAAAACGUCUCUCCAGUUCGUUCUUACCAUAUUUCACUGAUGAAGAAAAACAGAUAAUUAAAGGAACUGCUGACUUUUUUGCAAUCAGUCAUUUUACCACAAGGUUAAUCUUACAUCAGUCCAAAAAUGGAACCAAGUAUGAAAUGGACCACGAUGGGAGUUUGUUGAGAGAUGUAACAUUGUUGACAUUUCCAUCCCCCUCCCAUUUCUUCUUUCCUUUUCUUCCCCAUCGUCAAACUCAUUCUGAAAUGGCAGUUGCACCAUGGGGGAUACGUAAAGUCCUACAAUGGAUUAAAUCACGCUAUGGAAAUAUGGACAUUUAUAUCAUGACCAAUGGAGUUUGGGACAGCUCCAGUGUCAGUGAUGCAUUUCGAAUAUAUUAUCAUAAAAAUUAUAUCAAUGAGGUUUUAAAAGCACACCUACUAGACCAUGUCAAUGUCAGAGGAUACUAUGCCUUGAAAUCAAAGGAUACAAAUCGAGAUGACCAAUACCGAAGUCUCCUCAAAGUUUAUGAACCAAAGACUUCAAUUGAGUUUUACAACAAACUGAUCAGGGCUAAUGGAUUUCCUUUGGGAAUGUCAAGCAAACAAUGUCCUAUGGAUGAUAGACCAAGGCAUUGUCCUAUGUGUAUACUCAUAAAGGAAAAAAAAGUAUUUAUAUUCUUUGGAUUCUGUAUUCUGCUCACCACUGCACUGCUUGCUACAAUAAUUUUCAUACACAAGAAAAGACAAAGAAAACCAUGUUGA